GCCCCUCCUCUUUCCUCCGCGGAAACUUUUCCGCCGGCUGGUCCAUCGGCCCGUGUCCGGCCCGCGCUGCCGCGGCCUGGGAGCCGAGCGGGGCAGGCGGGGCAGCCGGGACCGGACUGGGUGGGAGCGGCGGGGUCCCGUGUAUGCAGCCGCCGGACGCGCCGGGCCGGCAGCGGGGAAGAGGGGCGCUGACGGGCGGACGCUGGGGGCUGCGCUUCCAGCGAGGGAAGCUACCCGGAGGAAGCGGGGUCAGGAUCAGCUCUGGGCUGGGGAGUGGGAUCUGACCUUGCUGACCUCGCAGGCUGACAGGGGGGCUGCCCCUCCGCCCCCCAGAGCAGCAUGGAUGCCCCACGGAGGGACAUGGAGUUGCUGAGCAACAGCCUGGCGGCCUACGCACACAUCCGCGCUAACCCCGAGAGCUUUGGCCUCUACUUCGUGCUGGGAGUCUGCUUUGGCCUGCUGCUGACCCUGUGUCUACUAGUCAUCAGCAUCUCCUGUGCGCCCCGCCCGCGGCCCCGGGCCCCUGCGCCGCGCCGGGACCCCCGCGGCAGCACCCUGGACCCCGAGGACGAGGACGAGGACGACGAGGACACGGUGACCCGGCUGGGCCCCGACGACACGCUGCCGGGCCCCGAGCUGAGCGCCGAGCCAGACGGGCCGCUGAGCGUCAACGUCUUCACGUCGGCAGAGGAGCUGGAGCGGGCGCAGCGCCUGGAGGAGCGGGAACGGAUCCUGAGGGAGAUUUGGCGCACCGGGCAGCCGGACCUGCUGGGCACCGGCACGCUGGGGCCCAGCGCCACGGCCACAGGCACCCUGGGUCGCAUGCACUAUUACUGACCGGCCCCUUUCCAUUGCAAAGAGCUCUGCGUACUGGACAUGCGCAGGAACUCACAGCGGCCCCAGGACGUUGGGACUGCCCCUGCCCACGGUGCUAUGGAGGCCCCGCCCCCACAGCUCCCCCAGUGCUAUUGGGCCUGGAUCCCCACCUUCUGGGAUACCCAGUCCUGCCACAAAGCCCGUGGGGGACAGGACACAGGGUUCCCCAGCCCCUUUCGUGGGAUCGGUUAAGAGAUGACCAAUGAAAACUGCAUUCUCAGUGACUCAGUCUCCCUCUGUUACUUUUGUCCCCAGUGUCCUCCAGGCUCCUGCCGUGCAGGGGGCCCCAGAUUGAGACCCCACUCGACUCUUUUACCAGGCUGACCACCUCUAUCAACCCACCCAACACCUCAGCAUACACGCUUGCAUUCAGUUCACAGACUGAAAAAACACUCCACCACCUCACAGCCUCACGCACAGAACAAGUUAUCACUCGCAUUCCUUCCUCACAAAUGCAUUCCUUCCCGACGAAGGCCUGGGCGCACUUUGCCCCUGUUCUUCGAAUGCUCUGGGAUCCUGCAUCAU